CGCUCGAUACCCAAUCCUUCACCGGUCUUUUGCGCCCAGCCGUGCACACCGCAUGUGCAGAGCCCGCCGACUGCAGCUGUGCCCUGCUUGUGUCCAGGCCCCUCUGCCCGCCGUGGCCCGCCGCAUCGAAUCGCUGCCGCCCGCGCCCCACCCCGCCCCCUCCACCGGCCAGUCAUCACGUCCAACACGUCGACGACACAUAAAGACACGCUUCUUCCACCGCGAUAUGGUCGCGUUUUCGCCUUCUGUUCCCACUCCCAAACAAGAAGUUCGACGUGAACGCUUGCGACCGACCAACAUGCUGUUUGACUCAUACCUGCAUCUCACGUGUCGGCACACCGAGUGGGGAUCCUCAGUAAACCCACUUUGCCCAUGCUGCUGCCACCCGCGAGCCGAUAUAUGCACCGCCUUUUCGUUUUCGAGCCUUGAACCGCCGUCUCUCCCUUUGUUUCUCUUUUCUGCUUGGUCAGGGAGUCGCUGGUUCGAAGAAACCGAACAUCCAAACAUUGCUACUACGUGCUCAACGAACCUCGACGACCGCCAACCAUCAUCUUGCUUAACGAAUCAUUCAAAAACUCCAGAAAUGUCUUCCCCAUCACGACGAGCUCCGCCGUCGCUGAAGCGCUCUUACUCGGGAGAGAGCCACAGCAGCUAUGCGAGCGCAGCCACCACCUCUUCACGUUCCAGCUCAAAGUUGCUGUUUGGAGAGAUUCCCUUGAGCCCCGCCACCACCAUAGAUGGAAGAUCGACUCGCUCCAACAGCUCCAUCUGUAACUUGGUUCUGUCCACCAGCUCCGCCUUCUUGCGCUUCUGGCUCAAUGAUGCCUGCCGUGACAAUUUGCUUGCCCACGUCGAGACCGAAGAUUUGCCCGAUUUGCGUCUCGUCUGCCAUGACUUCUCCGCCCGCGCCGCGCCUUUCUUGUUCGAAAGCAUGACUGUGACAUUCAAACCAUCCAGCUUCUCCAAGCCCGCUCGCGUGGAAGCUCUCAAGAGGAUUGGCCGACACGUCAAGACCUUCACCUUUCACAUGCCCCAUAGCCAGGACACCUUACUCCCCCCCAUCAUUGACCCGGAGACUGGCGCAGAGAAGCAGUUUCUGUAUGAGCCGCAGCUGCAGGUCCCCCAGCAUGUCAUCGGUCAAGAGAAGACGCCAAAGUACGGCACCUGGAAAAUGACCAACCUGCUCAUUGCCCAAUAUCCUCCUCUUUUCCAUGCUGCCACCAAUGUCCCGGCCUUCGUCUCCGCCUUCUCAGAGCUCAUCAACCUUACCCACCUCAAAAUAUCCUGCCCUGGAUAUGACAUCGCCCCGCGCCACCGCCGCACUGUUGUAGACUACGCGCUCAUCUCUCUACGAAUCGCCGUUGAGCGCGCUCCCAUGUACAGCCUUUCCUCGCUAUCGCUCCACCCCAUCCACCCAGGCGGUCUUCUCUACCUCCACCCCAUGCACGGCUUCGGCAGCACGCCCUCCUCGGCCAAGAGAUGGAGCCAGAUCCGCAACCUAUCAAUCUGCAUGGAAUCCCUCCCCAUUGCCACAACCCAAAAGGCAAACAUGCAAUCCCUCGAACACCUACGCAUCCUCCACGCCUAUCUUCGCACUCUUUCUCGCGGCAUCACCCGACUCUUCUUCCGCUGGAAAGGCGCGCGCGGACCCUCCCCCCUCUCCCUCGACAAGGAACCCUGCAUGCUCCCCGUCGAAGAAGAAUGCAUGCAUCCUUCCAUGCGCGGCCAGGUCCGCGGCCCGCGCCCCCUCCGCUUCUCCCGUAUGCGCCACAUGGAGCUCGAAAACGCCGUCAUGGAUUCCGCGCAAAUCGCAGACUUCAUUCACAAGCACCGCCGCAGCCUCGUCGAGUUCAACUUCGAAGACGUUAAGCUGCGCGAGGGCAACUGGGACGAGGCGCUCGAGCCCCUGACCCUCAUGGCGGGCAACGAUCGCUGGAGGCGCACCCAAGAGGAAGUCAUGGACGUGCCUAUUGUCCUGAGUCCCGUGGGCAUGGAGCCCAUGAUUAUGGGUCCCCUCCUCGAAGAAGUCGAUCAGGCUAUCGAAUACAUCUCCCGCGAAGACAGAGCGACUAUGAACUCGCAUAGCUUGAGCAAGUGGCUCGCCAAGCCCAAGACGACGCUGAAGAAGAGCCCCCAUGUCAACAAGGACAGUUUCUGGGGCGGUGGCGGCGAUCACGUAAAGCGCUUGCUCAAGUUUUCGUCGUGGAAGUGA